CCUAGGUGAUUGCUUACUUUACAUGUCAAAGAGACACACACUGAAUUAGCAGGGAGUGUUAUAAAAGCCUUGGAGUGCAAGCUCUCAUCUGUAUUAAUAAGAAGAGAAGUCUUCAAUGGAUCCUUUUGUGGUCCUGGUGCUCUGUCUCUCCUUUGUGCUUCUCUUUUCACUCUGGAGACAGAGCUCUGGGAGAAGGAAGCUCCCUCCUGGCCCCACUCCUCUUCCUAUUAUUGGAAAUAUGCUACAGAUAGAUGUUAAGGACAUCUGCAAAUCUUUCAGCAAUUUCUCAAAAGUCUAUGGUCCUGUGUUCACCGUGUAUUUUGGCAUGAAUCCUGUAGUGGUGUUGCAUGGAUAUGAGGCAGUGAAGGAAGCCCUGAUUGAUAAUGCAGAGGAGUUUUCUGGAAGAGGCAUUUUGCCAAUAUCUGAAAGAAUUACUAACGGACUUGGAAUCAUUUCUAGCAAUGGAAAGAGAUGGAAGGAGACCCGUCGUUUCUCUCUCACAACCUUGCGGAAUUUUGGGAUGGGGAAGAGGAGCAUUGAGGACCGUGUUCAAGAGGAAGCUCGCUGCCUUGUGGAGGAGUUGAGAAAAACCAAUGCCUCACCCUGUGAUCCCACUUUCAUCCUGGGCUGUGCUCCCUGCAAUGUGAUCUGCUCCGUUGUUUUCCAGAAACGAUUUGAUUAUAAAGAUGAGAAUUUUCUCACCCUGAUGAAAAGAUUCAAUGAAAACUUCAGGAUUCUGACCUCCCCAUGGAUCCAGGUCUGCAAUAAUUUCCCUCUACUCAUUGAUUGUUUCCCAGGAACUCACAACAAAUUGCUUAAAAAUGUUGCUCUUACAAAAAGUUACAUUAGGGAGAAAGUAAAAGAACACCAAGCAACACUGGAUGUUAACAAUCCUCGGGACUUUAUCGAUUGCUUCCUGAUCAAAAUGGAGCGGGAAAAGGACAACCAAGAGUCAGAAUUCACUAUUGAAAACUUGGUUGGCACUGUAGCUGAUCUAUUUGUUGCUGGAACAGAGACAACAAGCACCACUCUGAGAUAUGGACUCCUGCUCCUGCUGAAGCACCCAGAGGUCACAGCUAAAGUCCAGGAAGAAAUUGAUCAUGUAAUUGGCAGACACAGGAGCCCCUGCAUGCAGGAUAGGAGCCACAUGCCUUACACAGAUGCUGUAAUACAUGAGAUCCAGAGAUACAUUGACCUUGUCCCCACCGGUGUACCCCACGCAGUGACCACUGAUAUUAAGUUCAGAAACUACCUCAUCCCCAAGGUAAGCUUGUUUCUCUUACACUAUAUUUCUGUGCUUCUGAAAUUUCCAAAUCCAUCUAUAUUUUGGUCUGCAAUUUUUCUUCCUCAACAUUUUCUUUUCAGAAAGAGUAACUACUUCCUCUCUUUGUUAUCUUCAGGAAAACGAAUUUGUGCAGGAGAGGGACUUGCCCGCAUGGAGCUAUUUUUAUUUCUAACCACAAUUUUACAGAACUUUAACCUGAAACCUGUUGCUGAUUUAAAGAACCUCAAUACUACUUCAGCUACCAGAGGAAUUAUUUCUCUGCCACCCUCGUACCAGAUCUGCUUCAUUCCUGUCUGAAGAAUGCUAGCCCAUCUGGCUGCCGAUCUGCUAUCACCUGAAAUUCUUUUUUAUCAACGACAUUCCCACCGUUAUGUCUUCUCUGACCUCUCAUCACAUCUUCCCAUGCACUUAAUAUCCCGUGAGCAUCCAACCUCCAUUAAGGAGAGUUGUUCAGGUCACUGUACAAGUAUAUCUGUAAUUAUUCAUACUCGUAACACUUGUAUUGACUGUCACAUAUGCUAAUACUUUUCUGAUGCUGACUUUUUAAUAUGUUAUCACUGUAAAACACAGAGAAGUGAUUAAUGAAUGAUAAUUUAGAUCCAUUUCUUUUGUGAAUGUGCUAAAUAAAAAGUGUUAUUAAUUGCU